AGUUGGGAUUGAGACGCGACGCCGUGCGAACUUUUUUUUCGAUACCGUCAGGCCGAGGAGUGGAAGACUCGUACACCUGUAUUCUCAAACAUAUAAUUUCCAAAUGAUAUCCUAGUUCUGUUGGUUAGUUUCAUACCUUCCGAUUUUCGAACGAAACAAAAAUCUACAACUUCGAAAACGUUUUUAAGAUAAAAAUAGUGUACAUCAAUUGCAAGAUUUGUUUCGGAAAAUUCGGGUGAAUAUCGACAUAUAAGUGAUGUAGUGAGUGUUCAAAAGCUACCAAGUGAAUGGAAACAAUAGGAUACCAGUGAGAAUUGAAUAUUCGUGAUUUGCAUUGGUACGAUUCGUUAGUGUUUUUGUGUUUUAUUUUCAAGUUCCUUCAAGCUACGAGCUAAAUAAAAGCUAUGUUCGUGGAAUAAAGUGAGAGCUCCCUAAUCAGUUACAAAUAGAAGGAAUGCGGAGAAUGUGUGCUAAUGAAGUAUCACAAAGAAAUCCCGAUCGUUUUGAAUGUGAUCAAAAUGGUGGUAACAUAAAAUAGAUGGUGUGGAAAAUGUAUCAUUGGAAGAUAAAUUGUAAGAAAAGAUUCAAUCCAAUAAUUCAUUUGUGGCGAAAAUCGGAAAUGCAAUGUGAAUUUAAGGUUAAUAUUACAAUUCUAUCACGAGCAUAUUUUACUACAAUAUAAGACACUAAGUUACUAUCGUUUUAAAGGCUAUAUUUAUUAAGGAUUGGUCAUCCAGAAAUGAUAGUAGUAGUAGUAGUACAGAAGAGAUAAAUGUUUUCUUCCCCAGUAUAAGCUGGAUCAUUUCGCCAUGCUCCGUGGGGGCCAGGAAUGUACGUAAUAUUUCCGGCAGAUGAAUUAAUAUUGUUGACAUACGGAAUCGCAGUACCGAGAGUACAACCACGACCAACUCUGGACAACCUGCGAGAGCCACUUGUCCCCAUCGGCAAUAGGCCUUCUUCCGCCACCGUCCUGCCCCCCAAACAAAUAAAUGAGCCCUUUCGGAACCAAGGACAACAAUCCCACACGUCCUCUGCCUCACCCGGUAUCCCACCUACACGUGCACCGAGAGACAGAAGUCCAAGUGUUAAUUUCUCACCAGAUGAUAGGAUAUAUGACUAUGAUGAAACAUCACCGUUACACGAUGCCGAUACCAUUGUGAAUUAUGUAAAUAGGGAAAUCAUUUCUGGCGUUUCCUUCAACUCCUCGUCCUUCGUACCGUCCACGACGUUGCACAAUCCCUCUCCAGCGGUUCCCAAAUCGAACUCUACCUCAGCUGCGAAAGGGAAAGAAAAAUCUAAAUCCAGGCUACAUCUCAAACUGGGACGCCUGCGACCACAUUCCUCUGUUGAACAAAGCGAGUCUGCUCGAGUCCGCGAAGACCUACAAAUUCACGUAUCCAAUCCCGUAUUUACCCGUGAAAAUCUAAGGCAGCGCAAUUUCGACGCCUUCUUCGAAUCUGGCGAAACGGUUUAUUCGUUGGAGAAAAAGGAGAAACCUCUACCACCAAGUGCAGAUUCCACCGAACUUUCUCCAUGGAAUACCAGUGAUUCCUCUGCGAUCCAGCAGCGCUCCAUAUCUGUUGGAUUUUUUCGGAAAUCCAAAACACCAAUCAACACUCGGGCCAAGAGUGCAGACCUCGAAUUCGAAGAGUCCCUGAAAGAGUCAUCAAAAACUCAUCGUAGCAUAUUCAGCAAAAGGGUAGAGACGACGCCGAGCAUCGUCUCUACACCGCAGUUGUCACUAGGAGGAAGUAUGACUUCCUCUGGAGGUGUACUCAAGGAUUUAGGUCAUCCUGGCCUAAACGAGGCACUUAAGUCUCACAACAGCGUUACAUUCAAGUUAGUCAAAACAGUUUCAGAUUUCACGGAAACGCUAGCACAGCUCUACGAACAACAUGCUGAGGCUCUGCAAGUUUUGGUUUCCAAUUAUAGAAAGCGCAACAGUGAAUUGAGAAAAGAAAGACCAGCUUGCCAGUCGAACCUAUUCCAUGCUUGGGAAACGUUUUUGCAGGAGAUCGAAGCUGACUCCCAGGCAACCAUCGAUGUCGCCAGUUCCCUUUCCAGACAGGUUGCCCGACCGCUGUUGGAACGUUCAUUCUAUAGAAAGGUCCAAAGUAGAAAAGUAUUCACCCACAGGGAAUCAUUCGAUACAAUCAUUUCAAAGACUGAAGAGAAAUUAUCCAAGUGCCGAAUCGACUACAAGCAAUGCUAUAUUGCGCAUCGUCAGAAUCCUACCCAACAUACACUGACGCAGUACAUCGACUCCCACAAUGCAUAUGUUCAGCAGCUGCAUGCCACCAAUGCCAUGUUGGAGGCGUACCAUUGUGAGACUUUGCCACAGUUGAUGCAAGAGCUAGAGGAAAUUUACAAUGACCUAUGCAACAUAGUAGCGGAAGCGGUAUUGCAAGGCGCUGAAGCAAUUUCAGUCAAAGCAUUGGAACAAGCGAAACGGUACGACUGCUUGGCAAAUCAGUGUAAAGGCGUUUCACCCACUCAGGAUUUGGGCUAUUUCGUUCGCAGUUUACCCCUUCCACCCAAUGCUCAACGGAUUCCGAGGAAGGUAUUCACACCUCCCCAGCAAGCCGCUGCACAAGCGGAAAACGAAGAUCCGUCCGAUUAUGGCGGAAACAUACUGGAUUCCCAGGGUUCCACAUUGAAAAAUGAAUUGGUGGUGGAUAAAGGUGCCUCAAUACAAGUUCGACCAUCAUUAGAAUCCCUUAAACGGGAAUCGCAAGAGUUAGAGGUGCAGAUAAAGCAGUUACAAGAUUCAGUAGACGCUUUAGUUCGGUCACAAAUAAGAGGAAUAGAAAGUCAGCUCUAUAACAAAGCCAAUGAGAUUCAGGAGGAAAUUUCAAUGAAGAAGUUUGAUAUACGAGCAAAGCAAAUCCAUCUAGCAGCAGUUCGGGCACAGAAAGAGUUAUUUUUGGGUAGAAUAGAUCCUGGUUCACCUCGCGGUGAACGUAAAAUGUCUUCUUCUAGUUCCUCCUCAAUGAAGACCAAGUGGCUGAAAGCGUUUCGAAGUCUGAAGCCUGCCGGUUCAGCAAGCGAUAGUAAAACAAAUCACCAAAUGUAUCACGCGGUAUCAACAGUCUUAACUGUAAGGAAAAGCGGAAAUGGAGCGCAGAUACGGUUCGACGGAUCGGAUAAUCAUAAUCUGCUGGAGUAUACGUACAAGAAAAUAACACCGUGCGAUGUUUGUUCACAAGUCUUGAGAGGUCAUACACGGCAAGGACUACGGUGUAGAAUAUGCAAGGUGAAUGUGCAUACCGACUGUGCAUCACAGCUACCAAAAUGCCAGGUCAAACAAAAGCUGCUGCGCCGCCAGAAGAGCACAUCCGAAAUCGAAAAUCGCACCGAAGUGGAGGAGGAAAACGAGGAAGAUGACACUAUGCUAUCGGCCCGCCCAUUCGGUCAGCCGCUCUGCUUCGUCGCUGAAGAACAGCAGCCGGAAGAACCACCAACAAGCAAGAAAGGAGCAAGACGCAAGAAAUGAGUAAAUCUGCGAGGAUGACACCAAUCAACCUUUCCGUCCUAUAUUUGUUUGAAUUUUUCUAUUUUAAAUUUCUGUUUGUUAUAAAUAUGUUCGCAUUCAUGUUUUUGUUAUUCUAAAACGUUUAUUAUACAAAAUAAAAUUACUACGUUUCGGUGGACGGUUAGCAUAAUCGAUCAGUUUUUAGCGUGUUGAAAGCACAAAACAGCACAGAAUCGUUUUUUUGUGUACACUGGUUUAUGCAAAGAUUGUAAUGGAACCUAGAAGACAUGUUGAGCUAGAUGUUUUACUUACUUCAAACGAGCUGCCAAUCGCGAAUCAAAUAGUGUAACAUUCAAUAAAUAAACUGGUAGUUUGACAUUAAAAUAUGUGGCGAGAAAAUGAUAGUAGCAUUAUAAAAAUCGAUGCACAAUUUUAACUAACUUGAUUUUAAACUAAAAAAUAACUCACUGUCCUACUGGCAAGUAUAUUAACGAAACUCAUUCCAAGUAGAUCCGAUUGGAAUAUUUGAGCUUUUCGUAAAUGCUGAGAUAUUACAUAAAUUAACGAUUAAACAACACAAUAUUUCAUUCAAUGCUUAAAUUGUAACUCAUUUAUUCUUAUGCUGUCCAAAUAAAGAUAAUCGCAAUAUGCACAUAAUAGCAAAUCAUGGUGAUAAAAGCAUGAGUUAGAAAAAAAUAUGAAAGAUUCUAUGAUUGAAGCAUUGGGUGUAGAUUGGGUUGUUCUGAUUUUCGAUCGAUUAUAUUCACCUCUGCCAGGAAGAAGUUAAACAGUGUACACAUAACUAUUACAGCUUAUCACGUAUUUUCGAAGUUUGGUCUAUAGUACUUUAGUCUUGCUAGGAUUGUAAUAUAAUUGGGUCAUACAAAUAAAACAGGAAGUGAGUUAUUUUGAAGAGAUAACUAGGUUGCAUUAAUCUUAUCAAGUAGGUCAAUAUAACUCUCUCUUUCUUAGCACUCGAUCGAAGUUAAAUGUCACAAUGAAAAAGAGACAAAGAAUUUUUUUUCUUAGCCACUUACCAGGUAGCAUGAACUUACCGCACUCGUAAACGUGAGGAAAUAUCAAUUUGAAUAACCGAUUAAGAAACACCCACAAACUGUGAUAACUAAUUUACGAGAGCUUAUUGGAUCAACGAAAGGCUGAAAAUCACUUAGAAACGAAGAAAUACGCGAACAAGUAUGUUGUGCCAAAAGCAGUAAUAAAAUAAUGUACACACGAUAUCUGCAAA